ACAUUAUCUGAGCCUACCAUUUAAAAAAAACCAACUGUAUUUGCAAUAUUACAUGUUUGCUUGUCAUAUUGGUCUCAUAACGUGGCACUUUUAUACUCCUGUACUCAACUUUCUGCAGAAACAUGGUGAUGAAAGAAGGUUUUCAAUGGUUGAAGAACAAUCGCAAGAGAUUGCAAUAUGUCUUAGUAAUGCAAAGUAACGUCAAAUUUACUCUUGUCUGGAUGACAUUUGUUAUAGGCUCAUUCUCUUACGACUUUGUUGCCUUACCACAAUCAUAUUUUUCGAACAGGAGAAACAUUUUUAAUGUGCUGUUUGUUAAGAAAGGAUGGGGAUGGACAUUUUUUGUGUUGGCUGGAUAUCUGUUUUGCAUUUUAUUAAAGAAGAGAGUGACAAACUUAAAAGUGUUUUAUCAACAUUUUUCUCGGCUUUUUGUUUUAACGUUAGCUUGGUUUAUAUCAACAAGCGUUUUUGAUAUUGUUGAAAAUUAUACUGGAUCUUGUUUGGGUCAGGAAGUGUUGGAUAAACUUAAUUGCAAAGAAAAUGGCUUUAUUUGGAGUGGAUUCGAUGUUUCUGGUCAUUGUUUUUUGUUGACAUUUUGUAUUUUGAUUAUUAAUGAAGAAUUACACAGUACAAAUGCUUACAAUUUGUCCUCCAAUGAUGAAAGUCAGUCGAAUUACACUGAAGAAAAAAAAAGGAAGUCAAUGAAAUCAGUAUAUGGAAUAGAUAUAGAGGAAAAGUAUGUUGACCAUGCGUUGGAAGUGUUAUCAGUUAUGCUGAUUGUAUUUAUGUUGUUGUGGGAAGUAAUGUUGUUUUUUACAUGUGCAUAUUUCCAUACAUUGUUGCAAAAACUUUGUGGUAUUAUUGCAGGUGCUAGCUGUGCCUAUUUAUGUUAUGACGUAAUAUUUAAAUUGGAAUCUGUAUAUGCGCCUAGCCCACCAUCUGUUAUUGGAUUAAAUAACUGAAACCAGACAAGGUUUUUAUUUUUAUGUAACUCAGUCCUUGUAAAAAAUUGUGACGUUUAAAAUGCUAAACAUUUUAAACGUCACAAUUUUUCGAACAUAGUUGGAGUGUUGCAACUCGCGUCUGCCAACCUUUACAUAACUGGAUUGAGUUUAGUUGAAUGUUGAAGGCUACCUCAUCUCAUGACAAAAAAAGUUUACCUAACUCGUUGAGAUUCGGAUGUUUUAAUUUAACGAUAACAUUCAUUUUGCAUAAUUAUAUAUACUUUGGUUAUAAGACAAAGUUUUUCUGUUCAUUUGCUUUUAUUGAGCUAACUUCUAAGAUGUGGUAAAUUCUGUUGCUGUGUGAUCAAGUUUGCUAUGCCAUUCUGCAAAAUACCUCACAGCCUCACUCUCAUUUCUGAAAGCUUGAAGUUGCUCACAGAGCAUAUUUUAACAACUUUCACGGAGCCAAUGUGACAAAGUUGUGAAUAUGUUUUUUUUGUUUUUAAACAACUUCAUUUCUUAAUCAUGGUAACUGAUUUUUAUAGAUGCUUUUAGCUUUAGCGAUUAUUGUUCUGUUACAGUUAAAAUUGCAUUUCUUUGGACUGUAUUUUCACACAUGGAAACAAACACCCUUUUUAAUUCUUUAGGAAUACAUGAUGUCCGAAAAUGUUAGCGUCCGAAAUAUUUUGUAGUGCAAAGUUUUAAACGUCUGAAAUCACUACUUGUUCAAGAACCAUUUUGUUUGUAAGUUAUCACUAAUGAAAAGAACGUCUUUAUCAUCGCCAUGUU